GCGCCGAUCUCGCGCCAUUCGCAACCGAAGAAUACCGCCAUUUGCUGGUGGUUGUUCACGCGAAAUGGCAAGUUUGACUGUGAAUAAAGAUACCUUUUACCGGCGGAUACGACGUUUGUACGCCGCAUGGAAGAAACCUGAUGACAAUUAUGCCUCGUUGGGUAAAAUGGAUGCCCUUGUUUCUGCUGUCGGAGUUGAUGAAGAGAUUGUGUACAGCAAGUCCACAGCUAUACAGACGUGGCUGUUUGGGUAUGAGCUGACGGACACCAUCAUGGUGCUAUGCGAGUCUGCUAUCUACUUUCUGGCCAGCAAGAAAAAGGUUGAAUUUCUCAAGCAGUUGGAGUCUGGCAAAGAGAACGAGGCCCAAGCACCACCUAUCACCCUGCUUGUUCGGGAUAAGGCUGACAAAGACAAGGCUAACUUUGAAAAGCUGAUCGACGCCAUCAAGAAAAGCCGUAAUGGCAAAGUGGUCGGUGAAUUUAGCAAGGAUAAAUUUCCUGGUGAAUUUAUGGAUGCCUGGCGGUCUGCUAUUUCACCUGAAAAGUUUGACAUGGUGGACAUCAGUGCAGCUGUGGCCUAUGUGAUGGCUCCCAAGGAGGAGCAAGAAGUAGCUCUUACAAAGAAGGCAUGCCAAGUGACAGUGGAUGUGUAUGCCAAAUACUUGCGGGACCAGAUCAUGGAGAUAAUUGAUGCAGAUAAGAAAGUGAAACACUUCAAGCUUGCUGAGGGUGUGGAUCAGGCGUUCCAGGAGAAGAAAUACCUGGGUGGUGUGGAUCCAUCUCAAGUGGACUCCUGUUACCCGGCGAUCAUUCAGUCUGGUGGCAACUACAAUCUCAAGUUCAGCGUAGUCAGUGACAAGAAUACGUUGCACUUUGGGGCCAUCACUUGUGCAUUGGGGGCCCGUUACAAGUCUUACUGCUCCAACAUCGUCCGCACGCUGCUGGUAAAUCCUAGCCAAGAGCAGCAGGAUCUCUAUGACUUCUUGUUGCAACUUGAAGAAGAAGUGGUUCUUGAGAAACUUCGAGAUGGAGUUAAGCUGUGUGAUGUGUUCGCAGCUGUAAUGGCACGCGUCAACAAGGACCACAAAGAGCUUGCUGACAAGAUGACCAAAAAUGUUGGGUUCGCAACUGGAAUCGAGUUUCGCGAGAGCUCCCUGGUGAUUCAGUCGAAGACCACGGCAGUUGCUCGUAAAGGUAUGGUCUUCAACAUCAACAUAGGCUUCUCUGGUCUUCAAUUGAAAGCAAGCGGUGAUGAAGGCAUCAAGACAUACGCACUUUUUAUUGGAGACACAGUCUUGGUAAAUGAGGGUCAGCCAGCAACAAUCUUGACAAACAGCAAGAAGAAGCUGAAGAACAUUGCCAUUUUCAUCAAGGAUGAGGAGGAGGAGGAGGAAGAGGAUGAAGAGGAGGAAAAGGAUGGCAAGAAGAAGCAAGAUGCACCGAUCUUGGGCCGUGGAGGUCGAAGAACAGCGAUCUUGGACUCUAAGCUCAGGACUGAACAGUCAGCAGAAGAGAAACGUCAGCAGAACCAAAAGUUGCUUGCAGAGCGCUUGAAUCAGGCAGCCAAAGACAGGCUGGCAUCACAGCGAGGUGUGCAAAAGGAUGAGAAAAUCCGGAAGUCAAAUGUUUCAUACAAGUCUGUGAAUCAGAUGCCAAAGGAACCAGAAGUCAAGGAGCUCAAAAUAUUUGUUGACAAGAAGUAUGAAACUGUGAUCUUGCCAAUAUUUGGCAUUCCAGUUCCCUACCACAUUUCCACUAUCAAGAACAUAUCACAAUCUGUUGAAGGGGACUACACCUAUCUUCGGAUAAACUUCUUCCACCCUGGUUCAGCCUUGGGUCGGAAUGAAGGCAAUAUUUUUCCGAAUCCAGAAGCCACAUUUUUGAAGGAAAUAACGUACCGGAGCACCAAUGUGAAGGAGCCAGGGGAGAUCUCUGCACCCUCAUCCAACCUGAACACAGCCUUUAGACUCAUCAAAGAAGUUCAAAAGAAAUUUAAGACGAGGGAAGCUGAGGAACGAGAGAAAGAGGGUAUAGUAAAGCAGGACACUCUUGUGCUAAGCUCAAACAAAGGAAAUCCCAAGCUCAAGGACUUGUACAUUCGGCCAAACAUCUACUCCAAGCGCAUUUCUGGCAUCUUGGAAGCGCACUCCAAUGGUUUCCGCUUCACUUCAGUGCGAGGUGACAAAGUUGACAUCUUGUACAACAACACCAAGCAUGCCUUUUUCCAGCCUUGUGAUGGGGAGAUGAUAAUCCUUCUCCACUUUACACUCAGGAAUGCAAUCAUGUUUGGCAAGAAGAAGCACAAUGAUGUUCAGUUCUACACUGAAGUUGGAGAGAUCACUACAGAUUUGGGAAAACAUCAACACAUGCACGAUAGAGAUGAUCUUGCUGCAGAGCAGGCUGAGCGAGAAUUACGUCAAAAGCUCAAAACUGCCUUCAAGACCUUCUGUGAGAAAGUGGAGGCAGUUACCAAAGGAGAAAUUGAAUUCGACACACCCUUCCGGGAUUUGGGCUUCCCUGGUGUACCCUAUCGCAGCACAGUACUCCUUCAACCAACCUCGGGCUGCUUAGUCAACUUGACGGAUUGGCCACCAUUCAUUGUUACCUUGGAAGAAGUGGAACUGGUUCAUUUUGAACGGGUGCAGUUUCACCUCAAGAACUUCGACAUGGUGUUUGUAUUCAAGGACUACCACAGGAAGUGUGCUAUGGUUAAUGCCGUCCCAAUGAACAUGCUUGACCAUGUCAAGGAGUGGCUCAAUUCAUGUGACAUUCGUUACACAGAAGGAAUUCAGAGUUUGAACUGGACCAAGAUAAUGAAGACAAUCACAGAUGACCCAGAGGGCUUCUUUGAGUCUGGUGGUUGGUCUUUCUUGGAUCCCGAGUCUGAUGGUGAAGACGGUGAUGGGGAUGAUGACUCUGAGGAAGAUGACCAGUACAAUCCAAGUGAAGAAGAAAACUCUGGUGAAGAUGAAUCCGACUCUGAUGAAGAGGACGACUCUGAAGACUAUUCAGCCUCUGAAGUCAGUGAAGAUGAAGAUUCCGUCGGUGGCGAGCUUGGCACCAGCGAGGAGAGUGGGAAAGACUGGUCGGAGCUUGAAGAAGAAGCUAGAGAAGCUGACAGAAACCGUAAUGAAUUUGAGGAUGAAUACACCAAACGCAAAGGUGGAAAGGGUUUGGACCGCAAACGUCCAGCUCAAGAUUCUCGUGGUCCAUCAUCCAAGGAUUCUCGUGGUCCGUCAUCCAAGGAUUCCCGUGGUCCGUCAUCCAAGGAUUCCCGUGGUCCGUCAUCUAAGGAUUCCCGAGGUCCAUCUAAGAAGGGCACUGCAAGCCCCCAGAAGAAUGGUAGCAGUGCUAAACGGCGGCGCGACUCUGACUCUAAGGGCUCUGAGCAGCGUAAGAAGCCGAAGAAGUGAGACUUCAGAUGCCAUCAUCUUCCUCAAGAGAAAAGGAAAGAGUGCUGGAAACAAUUAAAGGGUGGAGCCCUGUUCACGUCAUGGGGUCAGCAGCCAUGCUCCAGGCAGUGGUGGUGUUGAACACAGUAUGAACUAGUUUCUUCACAGGACAUGCGUGUUCGUCAUUUUUAACCUUUCUUUUUAAUGCUGUGAUUGAAAUGCAGUGCUGGCUAUAGCACAGCAGACAUGUUUUCUAUACAUGACAUCACGUGUGUUCUACGUGUUUUGAACAUAACAUGUUCAUGCUGUGACCAGCUGGCCUGUGCUUUCUUUAGACCUGUAAAAUAGCUCUUGUAUGUGUCACCAUGUGAAGAGAGAUAGGUUUUGCCUGCUAUUCCUCUAGCAUGUGCAUGUUGCCAAUAUGCUGCACAUCCAACAUGUAACAUUUAAGUUAAGCUGCUUUGAAUCAGUGUACAUACAUUUGGACACGGCGUGUUUUGUUUUUCCUGCCCGUUUUUAUUCCCCUGUGAAUAAGCCACAAAGCAGUGAUUCAUCCUCAGAGGUUAGUUCAUAACAUUACAGAGCAAGUUGUGCGCCUGUUUUUAUGCUUCAUUUGCUGUUUGUAUGUGCACACUUAUCAUGGAGACUUAAAUUCGAUGUUGUGGUUUUACUUUAAAGAUUCAAAUAAAUGCUUUUGUAUUGGAGUA